CUGCUCUUCCCUGGCCGUUUCCUGUAAUCGUACAGUGUUGUGAGACGGAGAAAGCCAUGUGUGUCGAUGCAAAGCUGUUUAAUUAAACGUUGAGAAGAAUUGGACAACAACCACACGACUUCCAUCUUUGAGUCUUUUUCACUUUGUGCCCGUCUCCCUGUGUGGAGUGGGCAAGAUGGCAGAUCCCAUUAUGGACCUCUUUGAGGACACGCCUCUGUUCAACCUGGAUGCCCUACAGGAUGAUUCCUUCUCUCAGGGCUCCUCGGACCCUGUGGAGGAAGCGCUGAAGCUGGCUCUGGGCCAGGUGGUUCCAACUGUUGACUCAGACCUCACCCCGGACCUGACCGUCAACACAUGCCUCGAUGUUCCUGUAGCAGCUCCUUCCAUCCCAGACCCUACCCCUGUUCAAGUUCUCACACAGCAGCCGAUGCCAGUGGCGACUGCUCAGACUGUUUCUGUAGCUCUGUCUCCCACCAUGAACCCAGCUUCUGCUCCAAAUCCUCUUUCCAUCUCUGCUUUAACCCCUCUUCCUACCCCAAUUGACACCGUGCCGCAGAUGCAGACCCAGACCACCAUCCCCAUUGCCACCAACACCAGUGGAGCUGCCAGUAGCACUUUACUGCUGAGCUCACCUUUGACUGUUUCUAGCUCUCAGGCUACUACUGCCACCACACAGCACCUCACACAGAUAACGCACCAGCUCACUCCUCAACAAUUAGCUGCCAUCACGCAGCAAGCAGGUGGCAAAAUUGUCAUUCUCAAAGGUCCCCAGGGUCAAGCCCAGGUGUUGCAGUCUAUGUCAGGGACCCCAGGUCAGACGGGUGGAAAGGUCAUCCGUGUGUUGUCUGGCACACCUCUCAAGCCUGGCGUGUCCAUACUGCAGGGAGGUGCAGUCUUGAACCAGACGAGCCCAGGACAGACCCAAGUCAAGGUGGGUGCUGCAGGUGUUCAGAGACUGCUGCAGUCUGCCAAUGGGCCGGUCAAGCAGGUGCUGCUCACAUCCAUGCCUCAGCAGGUACAGCAGACGCAAGGUCAGCCCAUUCAAGUGCAGAUUCCAGCCCAAGCGCAGAUUGCUCAAGGUCAGGUCCAAGUUCAACCACAGGCCCAGAUCCAGGUCCAAACCCAGGCACAGGCCGCACAAAUCCAGGUCCAGCACCAAGGCCAGGCAGCUUCGACCCACAUCCAUGGUCAGGUGCAGCUCCAGCCAGCCAUGCAAGCUCAAACACCGGGUGGUGAAGCAAAGCGCAUCACCCUGGUUCUUCAACAGCCUUCUCAGGCUGGCUCUGCCACGCCAGCAGGUCAGGCUAUUGCAGCUCAACAGCAAGUGACGCAGGUCCAGACAACACAAGGGGGUCAGCAGCAGCAAACACAAGCCCCUGCCAGACUGGUGCUGGGUCAGCUCCCUAGUGGCAAACUGGUGCUCCAGGGAAGCCAGCUAGCGGCCCUGACCCAGGCUCGGACUGCAGGCCAGGCAGGAGGACAGCCCAAAGUGGUCACAAUUCAGCUGCAAGUGCAACAGCAGCCCAACCAGCAAGGAGGAGUUAAGUACCAGCUGGUGUCAGGAGCAGGAAGCACCGGCAGCCCUCAGGUGCUGCAGAUAUCUCAAGGUCAAGGAGGACAAAGGGUGGCGGUGCCGAUCAAAAUGCUUCUGCAGCCACAGACGAGUUCUGCCUCAUCUGCUGGUGGUGCCGUCUCCAUGGUGAAGGUCCUCAACACUUCGGCUGCAGGCCCCUCCGCUACAACCACCACUCCAUCCCAGACCAUCCGUAUCUCCAAAGCUCCCGGAGAGCCUGCAUCAGUGCGUCGAGUGGAGAUCCUCUGCAAGCAGGAGAAAGCAAAUCGGAUCGUGGCUGAAGCCAUUGCACGGGCCAAAGCACGCGGCGAGAAAAACCUGCCCAGAGUCCUGAACCAGGAUGAGCUUCCAGCCUCCCAGACCUUGUCGGAGAUGGGAGGAACUGUGACUGUAGUGUCGGCUGCUAAGAAGAAAAGCAGCGGUGGAGGAAGCAAAAAGAAAAGUCCGGUGUCUGGAGGACAGGUCCCCAGAGCCAUGGUGGGAGCUGACAAGAAGAGCAAAGUGAAGGUACCUGGAGGGACAGUUACGUUCGUUGGAGGCACCGUGCUGCCUGCAGCGGGGAACAAGAGCAAAAGCAAGACUAAAACAAACACUAUAACUCUGGUGGGAGCCAAAAAAAGAAAGAGGACCGGGUCUUCAGACCACUCUGACGGCGAGCUGAGCCCACCAUCGCCUGUUGCACUGGACGACGACAUGAUUAUGAAGAGACGCUCCAAUCGUGUGGUGAAGAGGAAGAAGUAUACAGAAGAUCUGGACAUCAAAAUAACUGAUGAUGAAGAUGAGCAGGAAGAUGUGGACGUUAUUACGACGGCAGCAGCUGUGGCCUCCAUCAGUGGGGGGGCAGCGGCGCAGCUUAAACAGGAAGUGGAGCUGAUGGAUGGUGAUGGACUUCCCAGCAUGCAGUUCUUUGUGGAAAAUCCAAGUGAGGAAGAUGCUGCCAUUGUAGACAAAGUCCUGUCUAUGAGGAUAACAAGGAAGGAGGUGUCUCCAGGCCAGUACAUUAAUGCCGAGGAAUUCUUUGUUAAAUACAAAAACUACUCGUACCUGCACUGUGAGUGGGCCACUCUGGCGCAGCUGGAGAAAGAUAAAAGGAUCCAUCAGAAGAUCAAGAGGUUCAAGACCAAGCACGCUCAGAUGAGGCGCUUGUUCCAGGAGGAUGAGGAGCCCUUUAACCCCGACUAUGUUGAAGUGGACAGGAUCCUGGAUGUGUCCCAUAGUGUGGACAAGGACAAUGGCGAGCCGGUCAUUUACUACCUGGUGAAGUGGUGCUCCCUGCCGUACGAAGAUGCUACGUGGGAACUGAAGGAGGACGUUGAUGAGACCAAAAUAAAAGAGUUCGGCAAAAUUCAGAACAGGCAACCUCGUCUGAAGAAAACGACACGACCUCCUGCCGGUACGUGGAAGAAGCUGGAGGAGACUCGAGAGUACAAGAACGGCAACAUACUUCGAGAGUAUCAGCUGGAAGGAGUCAACUGGCUUCUCUUUAACUGGUACAACAGACAGAACUCUAUCCUGGCAGAUGAGAUGGGUCUGGGGAAAACCAUCCAGUCCAUCACACUGCUCUCAGAGAUUUAUGCUACUGGUAUCCAAGGCCCCUUCCUCAUUAUUGCGCCCCUCUCCACUAUCACCAACUGGGAGAGGGAGUUCUCUACUUGGACUGAUAUGAAUGCCAUUGUCUACCAUGGCAGCCUCGCCAGCCGACAGAUGAUCCAGCAGUACGAGAUGUACUGCAAAGAUGACAAGGGACAUUUGAUCCCAGGUGCUUACAAAUUUGAUGCCCUCAUCACAACGUUUGAGAUGGUCCUGUCCGACUGCCCAGAGCUGAGGGAGAUCUCCUGGCGCUGUGUGAUUAUCGACGAAGCUCACCGCCUUAAAAAUCGCAACUGCAAGCUGUUGGACAGCUUGAAGAUGCUUGAUCUGGAACACAAGGUGCUGUUGACCGGCACUCCUCUUCAGAACACCGUGGAAGAGCUCUUCAGUCUGCUUCAUUUCCUAGAGCCCGCUCAGUUCCCCUCUGAAAUUGAGUUUCUUAGAGAUUUUGGAGACCUCAAAACUGAGGAGCAGGUGCAGAAACUGCAGGCCAUUUUGAAGCCUAUGAUGUUGCGCAGGCUUAAAGAGGACGUGGAGAAGAACCUGGCGCCCAAACAGGAGACCAUUAUUGAGGUCGAGCUGACAGAUAUCCAGAAGAAGUACUACCGGGCCAUUCUGGAGAGGAACUUUAGUUUCCUCAGUUUAGGGGCCAACAGUAACAGCAACGUCCCCAAUCUGCUCAACACGAUGAUGGAGCUCCGCAAGUGUUGCAACCACCCCUACCUCAUAAACGGUGCAGAAGAGAAGAUCGUGGCAGAGCUGCGAGAGGUGUACGACCCCCUGGCCCCUGACUUUCAUUUGCAGGCUCUAAUUCGGUCAGCGGGGAAACUGGUGCUACUUGACAAGUUGCUGCCUCGUCUGAAGGCUGGUGGCCACAAAGUGCUCAUCUUUUCCCAGAUGGUGCGCUGCUUAGACAUUUUGGAGGACUACCUCAUCAACAAGAGAUACCUUUAUGAACGAAUUGACGGCAGAGUGCGUGGGAACUUGCGACAGGCCGCCAUCGAUCGCUUCUGCAAGCCCGACUCGGAUCGUUUUGUCUUCCUGCUGUGUACCCGUGCCGGUGGUCUGGGCAUCAACUUGACUGCUGCUGACACUUGUGUCAUAUUCGACUCUGACUGGAACCCUCAAAACGACCUGCAGGCCCAAGCGAGGUGUCAUCGUAUUGGCCAGUCGAAGGCGGUUAAAGUCUACAGACUCAUCACCAGGAACUCCUACGAGAGGGAGAUGCUGGAUAAAGCAAGUCUGAAGCUUGGUCUGGACCGAGCUGUGCUGCAAAGCAUGAGCGGCAACAAAGACAGCAGCGUUAAUGGGCUCCAGCAGUUCUCCAAGAAGGAGAUUGAGGAUCUGUUGAGGAAAGGAGCUUACGCCGCCAUUAUGGAUGAGAAUGAUGAAGGGAGUCGCUUCUGUGAGGAAGAUAUCGACCAGAUCCUUCAGCGAAGAGCCACCACCAUUACUAUUGAGAGCGAAGGAAAGGGCUCUACGUUCUCCAAAGCCAGCUUUGUGGCCUCAGAGAACCGCAAUGACAUCGCCCUCGAUGACCCGGAGUUCUGGGAGAAGUGGGCCAAGAAAGCAGAUAUAGACAUGGACUCCAUCAAUCGGAAGAACACUCUUGUGAUCGACACCCCCAGGAUUCGCAAGCAGACCCGUCAGUUUUCCACUUUACGUGGCGAAGGAGGAGACGUGUCUGAUCUGGAUAGUGAUGAUGAGUAUCCACCCGCCAACUCUAGACACUCGCGCUCCUCCCGACGCUCCGAUCGCCACAGUGGAGGAGGUUACGGCCGCACCGACUGUUUCCGGGUGGAGAAGCACCUGCUGGUUUACGGCUGGGGUCGAUGGAGGGAUAUCUUGUCCCACGCCAGAUGUAAGAGGCGUCUGAGCGAGCGUGACGUGGAAACCAUCUGCCGCGUCAUCCUGGUCUUUUGUCUCCUGCAUUAUCGUGGGGAUGAAAACAUCAAGAGUUUCAUCUGGGAGCUCAUCACGCCUCCAGAGAACGGCCGUGAACCUCAAACACUACUGAACCACUCUGGUCUUUCUAUCCCUGUUCCAAGAGGUAGGAAGGGUAAGCGGGUAAAGGCCCAGAGCACAUUCGACGUGCAGAAGGUCGAGUGGAUACGCAAAUACAACCCCGACACUCUGCUGCUGGAUGACAGCUACAGAAAACACCUGAAACAUCAGUGCAACAAAGUGCUGCUGAGGGUUCGUAUGCUCUACUACCUGAAACAGGAAGUCAUCGGUGAACAUGCAGACUCUGUCUUGAAAGGAGCUGAUAUCAGAGAUGUUGAUAUCUGGAUGCCAGAGAUGGAGCAGCAGGAGGUGCCUGCAGUGUGGUGGGACUCUGACGCAGACCGCUCGCUGCUCGCUGGUGUUUUCAAACAUGGUUAUGAGAUGUACACCACCAUGCGGGCUGACCCCUGCCUCUGCUUCGUGGAAAGAGUUGGUCGGCCUGAUGAUAAGGCCAUUGACGCCGAGCAGCAUACUGGAGACGCUGAGCUGGGAGAUGAUGCUGAUUUUGAUAAAUAUUCAGAAGAUCCAGAGUUCAAGCCGGCAUCAAGACACACCAAAGAUCUUUUAGAGGAGCCGGACUCGAUGAACGUGGACGAUGAGGUUUCUGUGGAAGACAAGUUGGCAGUCCUGGUCCCAGAACACGCACCCAGUCAAAGCGGAGCGUGUGACUGGCCUUCGAGCUCAUCGUUGACUGCACGACUGCGGCGUCUGAUCACCGCGUACCAGCGCAGCUACAGACAAGAACAGCUGAAGAUGGAAGCCGAGGCCAAAGGCGACCGCAGGCGCAGGCGGUGCGAACAGGCCAGCAAGCUGAAGGAAAUCGCACGACAGGAGCGACAGCAGAGGUGGACCCGGAGAGAGGAGUGUGAUUUCUACCGUGUGGUCUCAACAUUUGGAGUGGAGAAGAUCAAGAAGGAGCCAGGCUUUCCAGAGGGACCGGAUCUUGAGUUUGACUGGACUCGUUUCCGUACCUUUGCUCGUCUGGAUAAGAAAACUGACGAAAGCCUCAGCCGAUACUUCCGCUCCUUUGUUGCCAUGUGCCGAAGGGUGUGCCACCUCCGCCCGGGUCGGGGUGAAGAUCCAUCAGAGCUUUCUCAAACUGUGGCUCCCAUCACCGAGGAGCGGGCAUCACGUACUCUCUACCGCAUCAGCCUCUUGCGCCGCCUUCGUGAGCGAGUCCUCCCCCACCCCUCCCUGGAGGAGCACCUGCCUCUGGCCCCCCGCAGCUCUGAGCUGCCUGCUUGGUGGAGAUUACCAGAACACGAUCAUCAGCUAAUGCUCGGAGCUACGGUGCACGGCGUCAGCCGCACCGAGCUCUCCAUCUUCUCAGACCCACAGUUCACUUUCAGCAUGGCCCGAGAACAGUUCAUCCAGAGUCAGCAGGCUCUCCCCCCGCCUCCACCACCACCCGUUAUGACUUUCAGCCAGCCCAAGACUGGGAUGGACUCACCCAGAGUGAAAGAGGAGGAGAGUGACGAGAGCGUUCGGUUGUUUGGAGACGAUAUCAGUGCUGAGCUGCAGAGCACUCCCUUGGGUCACCAGGGGUGCAAAGUGCAAGGUCAGAGCUGGAGCUUUAAGAGGAGCAAAGAACGAGAAGACAAAACAGAAGGAGGAAGGAAAGGUGAUCGGGGCUCUGAUUCUGACUCCGAUUCGGAUUCGGGAUCUUCGUCCUCAGAGCGAUCAGGGAGCAGUGAUGAUAGUGGAGACAGUGAUGAGGAGGGGGAAGGAGGAGGUAUAAAGGUCAGAGAUGUGGAUGAAGAUAAUAGUCUACUCUCUAUGACUCCAUCUCAGGAUAGCAUUCCUCCUCCUGAUCCAAUCAGAGUUGACUGGCCUAAGGAUCGUGCGCUGAUUAACCGUCUGGACAAUCUAUGUACUCUUGUUCUGACGGGUAAGUGGCCCUCGGGGCGACGUUACGUGUCUGAAGCUCAGCUCAACCCCAACUCAGAGCUGGGGGGCGAUGAGAUGGCUUACGCGAGGGUGAUCCGUAAACCCAGCAGCACACCUGUCGGCCUUGGGACAGAAGGAGAAAAUGGAGAGUUUACUGUAAAACUCCUCAAGGAGGAGGGCUUGAAGCUGACUUUCUCUAAGCAGGCCCUGAUGCCCAACGGGUCGGGGGGUGAGAGCAGUAGCCGCAAGAAGCGAAAGGACCAAGAGCUAUCAGACCUCGAUGGUCUUCAUGAUGUAUUGGAGCGUAACCCCCGAAGAAGGGACCCACCCACGUGGCUGAAAGAGAACCCAGAAUAUGAAGUGGAGGGAGACAUGCUGGAGCUGCUGGUGAACAGGAGCAAGAGGAAGAGGAGGAGGAGGGCAGAUAAGGCCCUCACAGGUACAGAGAAGGUCAAACUUAUUAACAUGAGGACAGGAAAGAAGGUCGGAGCUGCUUUCUGCCCCAUGCUGCAGGAGCUGAGGGAGUACCUGGAGGAGAACCUCGACAUCGCUGUGGCGCCCGAGUGGUCUGAAUCAGUUCGAAACUCUGGUCUGUUGCCUGAAUCUCUCUUCCACCGGCUGCUGACGGAGCACUCGGUGAUACCGAAGAAAAGCCGCCGGCGUCAUCAUCACCACCAUCACCAUCAUCAUCACUACCACACUCCAGAGCCCGUCCCCGAGGAGCCCACCCUGGACGGAGUCGAAGAGGAGACUCUGGUGUCUGAUGGAGCCUACAUGAUGGACGAGGAGGACCUGGACACGUCCCAUCACUUCCUCACCAGUCCCAGCUUUGACAUUAAAAUGGAGGGGGGCGACAGCCUCUCCCAAGGCGACUACGACAGCUCGGAUCAAGAAGCGCUGUUGGACGAUGUUAUCGUAGCACAGAAGGACUCUGACUCUUCAUCGAGCUCCGAGGACUGACUGAAUCCCACUCCUCUGACUCGGCCUCUUCUCAAAAACAAAAUCAUGUUCAAUUAUUUUCUAUUCUGUAACAAUAUAUGAAUUACUGAUGUUUGUUUUGCUAUUUUUAUUCGUUUAUUUUAUUUAGGAUUUUUCAGCGCAAGGAGCAUCGGUUUAUUUUUUUUCCCAUCAGAAUUAUGUUUCAUCUCCUCGAUCCUCCUCUUGAACCUCUGACAAAAUGGCAAAAAGCUGAGCUUUGUUCCCCGUUGACUCGUUGUUCUUCAAACCCAUGAAUUCCCAUCACAUUCCCAAGCGUGACCAAAAGGGGACACUUGCUGUACAGACACACUUUUCUUAUCAAAACGACCUCAAUGCUGGUCCUAAAGCGCCACAUGAAACUGGACACAUGUACGGAGCAGAACCAGAUCCCCCCCCCACCCAGUGUCUUCUGGUCAUCUCUCCAUAGGAGUCUGAACUGAAGGUGUGGAUGUGUUGUUAGUGUUUUCACUCUGUGGGAGGGGCGGGGGAGGGAGGGCAUGGUGGCGUAUUAGUUACUGAAGCUGUGCUGGGAGGAUGGAUGUAUUGUACAAAGUAGAGCUUGUCAGUUGUGUACUCUGGUGCAAAGUUGACGGCAGUGAGUUGCUAUUCUUGUUUUAUG